AUGACAAGUUCCGUCAAUUUUAGGCCUCUACAAAUGCCUGUAUAUGUUGCUCAUUCCAUAUUUUUUACAGGAAAUAAAAAUGGGCUUCUUGUGCCUCACAGUACCACUGACCAAGAUGAUUAUUACUUCGCCUGCGCUGCUUCUUGUGAGCUUCAACAUCUGAGGAAUAGUCUACCAGACCAAGUGAUUGUUCAACGAAUUGAAGAGAAACUAUCAGCCUUAGGCAACUGCAUAGCUUGCAAUGACCAUGUUGCUCUCACUCAUCCUGACCUUGAUCGGGAAACUGAAGAUCUUAUUGCUGAUAUUCUGGGAGUUGAAGUGUUCAGGCAGACAGUAGCUGGUAAUAUUCUUGUUGGUAGCUACUGUACUUUCUCUAACAAAGGUGGCCUGGUUCAUCCUCAUACAUCCAUUGAGGACCUCGACGAGCUUUCAACGCUUCUUCAAGUACCUCUUGUGGCAGGAACAGUGAACAGAGGCAGUGAGGUUAUUGCCGCUGGUAUGACUGUCAAUGACUGGACUGCUUUCUGUGGUUUAGACACCACAGCUACUGAGCUCUCAGUUAUUGAGAGUGUUUUUAAACUAAGAGAAGCUCAGCCUAAUAUGAUUGUUGAUGAGAUGAGGAAAUCCCUGAUCGACAGUUAUGUCUAA